AUCUCGCUGCACACGAUGGAUGGAGAUCACUCCCUCGCGUUGCCCAGCCCUGAGAAAGGAUCGUCACUUUCUAAAACCCCUAAAGGCGAGUUUACUCGCCGUGACUCUCGCUCCCAGUCCCUCUCCGGGUCCCCCGUCCCCUGCGCGGUCCCGCCCCGGGGAGGUGGCUCGGGCCCCACCUGCGGGCGGUGCCGGGAGCUCCGCAGCACCAUGGCUGUGGGAGCGCGCCCCGGGGCCACGGUGAGGGGCAGGCAGCCCCGCUGCGGGGAUCGGGACGACCGGGUCUGCAUCCUGCCCGGCGAGGAGGAGGAGGAGGAGGAAGAGGAGGAGGAGGAGAAGGCGGCAGCGGCCGGGGUGGGCGCCCCGCGGACGGGGGAGGAGGAGGAGGGCGCUGGUUGCAGGAAGGUGCGCUUCGCCCUCCUGCCCGGCUCCUACGAGCCGCUGCGCCCGCCGCCCGCCGGGAAGCGCCGCUACGCCCGGCGUCUCAGGCGGUACGGGAAGAACGUCGGCAAAGCUCUGCGGAAGGGAUGCCGCUACUUGGUGGUCGGCCUGCAAGGAUUAGCAACAGCCUACUCUGCUCCCUUUGGAGUGGCAGCUCAGGUAGCAUCUUUUGUCCGCUAGUGCAGUUUUACGCGCCCCACUGGGAAGGAUGACGGGUCAUUGCUGUUUAGGAUUAAAUCGGAGAAACCUCUUGGACAACCCCCUCGGCCAGCGCCUUCCCAGGAUGGAGUGCUCUUCUCUGCAAAAACUUCCAGCGCUUCAUAAAAUCAGAUUGGGUCAAAGAAAUGCAAGGAUGAGGAAAUAAUCUUCGACUAAUUGAGCUGAAGUUCGUUCUCAGACCUGAAGUGGUUUUAUAUGUGGAAGGGAGCCAAGUACAGGUGGAAAAGCAAGAAGCAAGUAGAUGAGGGAGAGAGAAGGGAUGUAGAAGACGGGGGGCAGCUGGGGAGGUGGAGAUACGAGUCUGACUGUUGAGAGGAAUUGUCCAAGCAUUGUAGGAAACAGAUAAUGAAGGAUCAGGAAAAGAUAGUCUUUGUUUUUUGGAUGUCCUUAUUUUUUUUGUCCCUGAAUGGGUUAAGACUAUGAGUAUACUUACAAAUCUACUUGGAUAUAAAUGGACUAUGGUCUGAGACACAGAGAGCUUUGCUGCAUCACAGUUGUUCAUUUCAAACACUGGAAAUAAUGAGCCUUUAAAUUUUAAGACUGAUGUAAAAAUCCAGGAAGAGAAUUAGGUGUGUUUGUCUUUUGAGUUUGGGGUGGGCAUUAAAGUUUCACUGUGAUUGAUAUUUUAAACUUUUCCUCUGCUGCUGUGAAAUUUGCGUGUCAUUCUCUUACUGAGAAUGGAGUUUAUAUCUGAUAUAUCUGAUUCUGGAACCUGGGGUUGGUAGAACUCCCAGUUCCAUGGUGUUCACCAGAAAGGAAAAUGGAUUGCAAACUGCAUCUGAAAAAAACUGCAUACAGUGUUUGGUAUAAGAAUGUACAACCAUUUUAUAUAAGAAUAAGGCCAAAUAACCCAUUUCUGUCUUCAUUUGUGUAUGUGGAAGCUGUAGCGAGAGAAUGUCAACAUCAGAUGGCUCAGCUCAGUGGUGUGGAUGGAGCAGCUUCCAUGUCACACUUCCAGCAAUAUAUAUCUUGUAUUGAUGACACAGGAGCAAGGAGGUUUAUGUGCCUUCAAAAUUCUGUGGGUUUUCAUUUUGUCUGGGUAUUUUUUCUAUCAGUCUUUUGUGGUAGUACUGAAGGAUUUCCCUUGUUAGCAUUUUCUCUGUAUUGUAGAUCUUUCUAGUUUUGAUAGUGGUUUUGUAAUCAAGGAGUUGACUUAGGUUCUGGAAAAUGCUGUUCAUUUGCUUUCUUUGCCUUUUUUGAAUGAAGGGAUUUGCACAUCUUUGCAAACUAGACUGUAUUUCUUUUAAAUAUAGUAAAUAAAAGAGAGGUGGUUUUUUUUUUUUAAUGCUCUUUUCUAAUUGGACUGUAAAUAAAAGUAAUGUGAUCCGUGUAAUGUGUUUACCUACACACAGAAGUAAGCACACAAAGGAGGCGUUUCUCAGCAGUGGCCCAAGCAGCGAGGGGAAGCUGCAAUGUAAACUUCCCCAUUCCUCUGCCUGUGGCCUCAGCACUCUCCUAGGAGGACACGGUUGUAGCCCGGUCUGCAUAGAAAUGCUCAAGAAAGGCAAGGUAUGGAGAUGAGGCUGUAGAGGAUCUAAGGCUGCACGAGUUGGGGUAGGAAUAGCCACAAUGGAGAUUUUGCUCAUUGAUUUCAUGCUCUGGAGCUUCCCUGUGGGAACAUCCUGUCCCUCUGCUCUGCCCCACCGGCAUACCAGAGAGUAUUGAUAACUGCUGCGUCUUCUGCAGUGAGAACAGGGCUGUCCUAACACCCACAUGCUGCGUAUUUUAGAAUAAACUUCAAAUUUUGUUACACCAUUCUAUUUUACAGUGCU